AUGACAGAUAUGAGGGAUGGAUCGAAAGCAAGAGAACUUAAUGGUACAUAUAGUUCAGAAUCAACAAUAUCAACAUCACUACAACAGACGGAAAAACCAGAAAAAUUAGAUGAAGUGGAUCCAUUUCUAGUGGUUUUUGAUGGUAAAGACGACAAAGAAGAUGUUACAAAUUUAUCAAGAUUUCAUAAAUGGGCAAUAGUUGGUAUUAUUUCAUUUGGAUCAGUUUGUGUUACUUGUCUUUCAUCAUGUUGGUCAUUAGCUUCUGGAAAUAUAAUGGCACACUUUGGAGUAAGUAGAGAAGUUAGUGUUUUGGGAAUAUCUUUUUUCAUAUUGGGAUUGGGGACAGGUGGGAUGUUUUUAUCUCCAAUCAGUGAGUUUCAUGGUAGGAAAGUUGUUUAUAUAUUAGGAUUAACGCUUAUGAUUGCUUUUGAAUUUUUAACUGCUUUUACAAAUAAUUAUGGAUCAAUGGUAUUUGGUAGAUUUAUGAGUGGUUUUUUUGGUGCUAGUUUUAUGAGUGUUUGUGGUGGACUGUUUUCUGAUAUUUUCAAAAAGAAGAAAAACCAUCAGAAUGAAGAGGGUAAAGAUUCAAAUGAAGAUUUAGCUUUAGCUUUGGUGUUGUAUUCUGUGUCGCCAUUUUUAGGUCCACUGAUUGGUCCACUUUUGUCUGGGUUCAUUAAUAGUAAUCUUCAUUUCAGAUGGACUUUCUAUGUUAUGAUUAUAUGGACUGGUCUUAUUCUAGGGUUGGUAGUUUUAUUUGUACCUGAAACUUAUGAGCCAAUAAAUUUAAAACAUAAAGCUAAAAGAUUGAGAAAACAAACAGGAGAUGAUAGGUAUUAUGCGCAAUCAGAAAGAAGUAAAACUUCAUUAUUUCAUAGUGUUUUAAUCAGUUCAAAAAGACCUUUUUUGCUUUUAUUUUUUGAUAAUAUGACAAUGAUUCUUUGUUUUUAUACUGGUUUUUGUCUAGCAAUAGUUUAUUUAUUUUUCGUUGCAUUUCCUUAUAUUUUCAGCACAGUUUAUGGAUUUGGAUUAGCGGCUCAAGGAAUGUCAUUUCUAGGUUUAGCCACAGGAAUGGUUUUAACUUGUUUAGUAUCUCCUUACUUUGCCAAGAGGGCUUAUUUGUACUUACUCAAGAAGAAUAAUGGGGUACCUAAAGUUGAAUUUAGAUUUGUUUCAUUAAUGGCAGGUGUAUUUGUCGUACCUAUUGGAUUAUUCAUGAUUGCUUGGACUUCUUAUCCUACAGUUCAUUGGAUAGCUCCAAUAAUUGGAUCAGGAAUAUAUGGAUCAGGUACAAUAUUGGUUUUUAAUGGAAUAUUCGCUUAUUCAGUUGAAGCAUAUAUUUUAUAUUCAGCAUCAUCAAUGGCAUGUAAUUCCUUUGUCAGAUCGGUUAUGUCAUGUAUUUUUCCAUUGUUCGGACAUCAAAUGUAUGAAGGUGUUGGAGUGCACUGGGCAACUACAAUAUUGGCUGUUUUUGCUUGUAUUUUGAUACCGAUUCCUUUUGUGUUUUUUAAAUAUGGAGAAAGAUUAAGGAGUAGAAGUCCAUAUGCAUGGAGCGAAUAG